CACGUUAUCCGAGCGUCAUUCGGCGCGGCUCGGAGCAAACGGGAGUGAAUGGGUUUGUAGUAAGCGGUUGAGGUUGUGUAGUAAGAUCUAUACAGAUCUGUCGAACUGACCACGCUGGUGAUUGGUGGGAGGGUCCGAGAUCACGUGACUUUAUCAGCACGCGCCAGAUCACAUGGUUACUGCCAACUGGUGUUCGCCUGCGAGAGUGUAGUACAGGGGAAUUCCUGUACAUGUCGAAUGAACAUCAAUCAGCUGGUCGGUGGAUUCUAUAGGCUGUCGUUCACAGUCGGAAGGAGAGGGGUACCGUUGAUCAUUAGAACAGGACUGGGAGACAGAGCCGGCUCAAUGAGAGGAUAAUCUCAAGGGACGCCUGUUGGAUAGAGGCAACAGUGGACGUUAUAAUUAUACCAUUAAAUCAAUGAAAGGAUUGAGAGAGUGUCCGAAAUUUGAGGAUCGGAGAGCCAUGCGGAAUUGAGGCAUGAAUAGGAUGUGUCAUUGGUGAAAAAAGGCUAUGGGGCUUCUGACGACGGGAAGGUGUUCAACAGUUUGAAACCCGGUGUCAUUAAUUUUCCUAAGUUUUCUAAGUGUUGGUCGACAAUCUCUAAAACUGGCGCUGAAAAAAUUCUCAGCUUCCUCCUAUUUCGGAAAGAAAUUAUCCUCGUGGAGGACGAGGUUUGAUGAUGUCAUCACUGACCAAAUCCACAAGUGGAAAGCCAGUUGCUCAUGGAGCAGACGACACCCCAACACGGGCACGUGCGUUGCCAAAGCAACCGAGGCCAAAGAGACAGAGGCCAAAGCUGAUGAGCCUCAAUCACAACCACAAAGCAUGGCCCUGACACCUGUGUCCAUCCUGUGGUCACUUUUGUCCAUUUUCGUUGCCUCAACGUGUACAGUGACCUUUUUCUACCCGGCCUGGGUGACCCACCCGGAUAGACUCCAUUCAUUCGGGGUGUUCAGAUACUGUGUGAGGAACCUUGAGAUCCUCAUCCCCACCCCCAGGUGCAUCAGCUACGGAGGCAACCCCACCCUGGGUAGGAUUCCCGCGGGGGCGUGGCAGGCCUCGUGUAUCCUAUACGGAGGGGGGUGUAUUCUUAUGUGUGUGUCAGCGUUGUUGACAGUCUUCGUGUUGUGCGUGGACAAACCCAAACAUAGGCGCUUGGCGUUAAUCAAUGGCUAUCUACAGACCGUUGCAGUGUUAAUCAUGGCUGCCGGGCUGCUGAUGUAUCCCCUUGGUUUCUCGACGCCAUUUUUCCAGUACUACUGUGGAGAAGCCGCUGGACCCUAUUCGACUGGACACUGUCAGAUUGGCUGGAGCUACAUGUUGGCCAUCAUGGGCGUGUCGCUGUCCAUCUUUUGUCCAAUACUGUCCAACUUCGCUGACGUCAAGUACGACGAGGACGAUUAUUUGGCGUUUGUAUGACGUCAUGUGUGACGUCAUUCUGACGUCAUAAGUGAUACGGAACAAACUGAAUUCGAUUCACGUAUCGCAUGUGAUAACAUGUAUUAUGUCAUUAAUGACAUCUAAGAUGUAUAUUUUCCUAUGUACAGACAAUGGAUUACUGUAGAAAUUAUCAUAAGAAAAGUUUAGCGUUGAAGCCUACGUCCCUGUUUCUCCGAGGCAAGGGGUUAACUGAUUAUGAAAGUCCAAUUUCCUCCCUUGCCUAACUGGGUUUCAAUUUCACAGUUAUAGUUUGGCUGCACAAACGAGUCUUUGUAUAGUCCGAUCAAAGUCACGUGACAAAAUCAACAUCCGCUUCGUAAGCAACAUGGCGACUACCGCUCAGAUUUCAGUCAGUUGCAGGAUUUGCAAAUCAUUUGUACCUUUAACUUGCCGUCGACGGAUAAUUUCCAAAUCUUUCCACCAAGGUGCUCAAGUGUUGUGCUACAGUCCACUACUAGGGGGUCUUGGCGUCAUUUCACUAGGUGCCAAACAAGGAAUGAAAACACGUUUUUAUCGAUUAACUCGACCCCAUUGUCAUGGCCAAGUUAACGCUUAGUCUCUGAAUAAAUAUAAUUUUGAUAGUAACAAAUAAACCCCAGUGAGAUGGGAGAUUCGGAACCUGAGGAAAUCUAGACUUGCUUCAUUUAGAGUUUUAGCAUUGCAGGGAAGGGUAGGUAGUAUGGGAAAUAAUGUGGUUUAUGGACUGAGAGACAGACAUGUCAUGGCCGGGCGCCAUCGUUUUGUUUGAUAUGAGAGACUGAUUCUGAUUGGUCAGUAGGAAGAACAUUGAAGGAACGUAAGUCGCAAUAGUCACUUGUGGCGCUACUAUCGUCACUGAAUCCCAUCCUCGGUGGAAACUGGACUUCUGUUGUCACUAAACUCCCUUGCCCAUGGAAGAUGUUCGUCCUUUAAAAAACCCAACUCUUCCUCAAUAACAUACUUUAGUACUGUCAGCAUUACAAUGGAGAUGUUUGCCUGUACUUGUCAUGAGCCAUCUCCUGAAGCGUCUCUUGUCAAUGGAAAUGUGAUGAAGAAGAAAGCAUAUUGACCGACUGGCGGCGCCUGUGAAACAUCAAAAUUGACCCGGGUCAUGAAACAACAUUUGAUCUGUUUUACCAUCCAGUUUUUACCGUCAAACAAGAUUUAUUUAUCUUCCACGUAAAGCUUCUCAAUUCACAGAAGACCAAUCGACAACCAUCUGACAUUGGCACCAGAACUUUGAAAGCGAUCAACCGUCAAGAAGCGUAAAAAACCAUGUCCAAAACCUCGCGGAAAAUAGGUGAUAAAGUGCUGCUUGAUGAACUGUUUGAAUUCAGAUCUGCUUGAUCCUCAAAGGAAGAAACACGAUCUCGGAAUGUAUUAUAUAUGUGUGAUAAGUGCAAUGGACAACUGUUGUCAAGUUCCUAUUAUUUGUAUAUUUUGUGUAUUUACCGUAUAACAUUGUGCUAUGUUCCUUCAUUGGUGUUUCUUGUACAUACACGUGUGCGCUGUGUCCAAACAGGAAUACACUGUGGUAAAUGGCACCUAUACUUGAUAGGGGUUUGUGCUGAAUGAGACCAAAGGUAUUUCAACACAGAUAAACAUGAAUACAGAUCAUGAAGUCAGGGGGUCAUGAAUAUUUAGGGGAAAUUUCCUUCAAAUUAUGUCUUCUCAACAAAAUAAAUAUUGAAAAAAUAUUUAAUAUCUUUAGGUUUCUUUGUUUAGUAUAUAAAGAUGGUGAUAUAACUUAUUAUGCAAUUCAAUACUCUGUCAUACCAGUCCAAACAAAACUGAAUAAUACCAUACAUAUACAGUGAAACUUCGUUAGUACGGACACCUCACAUUCAGGACGACGUUGUUAUGUACCUCCAUAUAAUUGCAACACCACUGCGUCAUUGCCAUGAUUCGUUAAACCGGACAUGUCUAAACCCGGACGAUUUUACCAGGUAAGACCGGAUAAACGAGGUUUCGUUGUUUACAUUUCAUAACUAUAAUUAAACAUAACUUAUUGAUAUUUCCUGAUGUGAGACAGUGAGUUUAGUUUUACGCCACACUCAGCAAUAUUCCAGCUAUAUGGCGUCGGUCUGUAUAUGAAUAAUCAGACUAGACCAGAUUUCUGAUGUGAUGUAAACGUCAUGAGUUAAUUUGAAAUAAAUCAAAUAAUAAUAUUUCAUUAUAUGAAGCAAAGAUUAAUCAUAUAUCAGGUUAUUACUCGUGACAGCUUGUGUUACAUUGUCUGUCAUCAUCCAUCUCGACAUCCCUCAUGUUCGAGCAGUUUCACUUCAGAGUCUCGAGUUAUUGGACACGUGUUAUUUGAGUGUCGGACAUGUUGCUCACAUAGCCGAAAAAGACACAAAAACGUAUUUGGUGACGAUCUGAUAUGUCGACUGUAGACCUGUCGUUUUGAUCAACGCUUUGUACAGUUUAAUUAAUGCGAAUAUGGCGUCUCGCUGUGAGAUAUUCGUGUUUCAAGAUAUUCUUUUGCACUGAUGUUUUAUAUUUACGUGAAGAUUUACGUUCGAGAAGUCCAAAUGUUAUAUCAAGCAUUAAAAAAACAUUAAAUGUGUUUUUAAGAAAUAAAUGAUGAUACGAUUGA